AUUUGGUAGUUUUAUUUGACUUUUCUGUGCCAUCCCUGACUGGUCAUACAGCCACUUGCUGAUUCAAAUUUUGUAAACAAAAUAGUAAACUAAUGUCUUGGCCUGGCAAACUGCUAGUCACCUACGAAAACUUCACCGCCGAUCUGCCAGUUCUCAGCAUUGACAAGCCACCAGAUGGAUGCCCCGCUUCCUGCCACUGCAACUGCAAGUGUUGUCGGGGAUUCAGGGAGAAAUACGUGGCAUUCAAUGGCGAAGGAGACACCAUAUUUGGACCUGAUUUCUCCAACCAGUUAUGCGAAGAAAUCCAGAAAAUUAUGCGCUUCCGAAGCUCGGAUGUGCUGCUUUUACUGCGGACAGCGCAAUUACGUGAUAAUUUCUGGACCAAUGAGUACUUCAAGGCGGAUUUACAAGAGGAUUUUCGAGCCAUAUUCGAUGCCUUUGAAGACAGAAGCCGAAAAGUUCAAUUGGAGAAGCUAGCUGCGAUUCUGGACACAGUGAGCACCGGCUACAGGCGAGCAGUCAGCCAACUGACAGGCCAAGAAGCACAUGGAGCUCUACGUCCCAAAAUCGCAGCUACAUUCCUGCCAGGACUACGCUGCGAUUGUAAUAAAUGUGAGAAUCUACCGUGGAAAAAACUGCAGGACGUGGAGGAUCACCAAAGCACUCAUCGCUACUCAGACAACUUUCACUGCCAGAUUUGCUACAGGCGAUUCUACCUGCAGCACUCAUUGAGCGCACAUAUAAUCAGGAAAUCAACCAGCGCGCAAGAGCUGCACGAAAAUAAGAGAUACAAACGAUUACUGGAGAAUCAGAAGUCCCAGGAGCAAAAGGAGCUGGAGCUAUCACCUGGCAAGUUAGAGGAUAUAUUGGUGCCAGUUGCCAAGGACCUGCGGUCGUACUUCAAGGAGGAAUCGAAACCUUCAGUCCAAAAACGAAAGACUGCUACCCUCAGCAAAUGUCCAACCUGCGAUCAGAACUAUGGCUUCUCCUUUAGCCACCAGCUGCAUAUGGUGAAACACAGGCGGGCGAAGCUCGAUACGAACUUCCCCUUCCACUGUUCCUUUUGCAACAGGUCGUUCCUCACGCGGAAAUUCCUACUUAAGCACCAGAAGCGGGUUAGAACGUUCAGUACCCUACUAUAUCGUCCAUUUAGGUGCACUCGCUGCACUGGGAGAUUCCAGCUCAAGUCUGCCCUCGAUGCCCAUGUACUGCGGAUUCAUGAACGCAAGAAACCCUGUCUCAUAUGCAAACUACCCACACCCCGUCUAUGUUGCUCAGCUCAUUCCUCUAGGGAAUGCAACAAGGCCUUGCAAAAAUAUCGGGAUAAAAUGCGUCCGUUGAGAGAACCUCCAAAGGGAGGUCGUAGGAAGCAGCCAACGCCAGUCUGCGAAAUCUGCAAUAGGAAGUUUACGAAAAAGUAUUUUCUCAAGGAGCACAUGAACAAGGCGCAUUUGCACAAGCGGAAUUUCACCUGCGAGAUCUGCGGAGCGAAUUUCUACAGUCAGGGCACCAUGCAAACCCAUCGAAAGGCAGUGCAUCUUUUAGUUCACACCAUUAAGUGUGAAGUUUGCGACCUGACCAUCAAAUCGAAGGGAAACUACCUAAGGCACUGCAAGUCUCAAAGCCACAAGGAUAACCUUAUUAAGUUCGGCAAAACCAAUGACAAAACGAGGGACACCAAUUGCAACAAACGUUUUUCUACUAUUUUACGAUCCACUGAAGAAAAGCUUGAGUGUGAAGCGAGUUCGUCAACGAACACAGAUAAGACGUUUGAGAGCGAAAGUACACACCAUUCCAAGAACGUUGACAGAAAAAUCAAACAAACCCAAUUGAAAACUCCCGCCAGAUUGCAAAAACGAGUUAAGCUUAAGUUCUGCGCAACCUGUGGAAUUUCAAUUGUAGGAAGUAUGCAAAGGCAUUACAGAUCCAUUAAACAUAAACUUAACUUAAUGGCUCACAGCAAAAAUACUCAAAAAUUAAUCUAAGAUCUUUAAUGAUAAUAUACAGUUUAAUCUCAUAUAAAUAAAA